AUGACCAGACAUGGAGUUAAAAUAACAUGCUCAUACUGCCAUGAACACGUCCAUAAUAUCAAAGGAUGCAAUGUGAGAAAGGCUGGCAUUUUGCCAAAGAAACAAGUGAGAAGGGGUUCAAGGGCUAUACCUGAUGAUGUGUCAGAUGAUGACCAACAAGUUGCUGGGCAAGUACCACAUGUUGCUCAAGAAGAAGUCCCACAGCAGGAAGUCAAUCUAACACAAGAUGGUGGCCAACUCACACAGGAGGAGGUUAAUCUAGCAGAAGAUGAUGCCCAAGUACCACAACAGGAGGUCAAUGUAACACAAGAUGAUGGCCAACUCACACAGGAGAAGGUCAAUGCUGCUCAAGAAGAUGAAGAAUAUGAUACACUAGUUGUAUUUCAGGAAAGUGUGCAGGACUUUGGAAGUACAAUGCUUCACAGGAUGCAGCAAGCUAGACCAGUGCCUAGAGAUUACAAUGAAACCACUGUGCCAGAUUCAGCAUUUGUCUCUAUGGCAGCUAAUUCUCAAGCUACAGCACAUACAACAACAGCUACAACUGAUGGGAGCCUGACCAUGAAGCUGUUGAAGAUGAAGAAGGACAAAGAAAGGCAGAUGGCAGCCAGAAGAGAUGCAUCACUGGAGGCCAUGAAUGAGUUGGCAGAGAAAAGAGCAGAGGAGGCAGAAGCAAAAAGGCAAGAAAUUGCUCUCAGGAAAGCAGAGCAGGCAGCAAGAAGAAGAAGAGCAGCAAAAGACAAGAAGGCUAAGGAAACAGCAGCAAAGCAGCAAGCAACAGCAGCAAGGAAAGCUGCAUUGCAACAAGAGAAGGAAGCAAAAGCAAUUGAAGCAAUUGCAGCUAAAGCAGAGGCAGCACUUAAGAGAAAAGAAGAACAAAAAGCAAAGAGAGCAGAGGCAGCACUAAAGAGGAAGGAAGAUCAAGAAGCAAAGUGGAAACAGCAAGAAGAGGCCAAGAGAAGAAGAGCUGAGGAGAAGAAGCAAGCAGGGCCAAGUGGACAUGUGCCCAAGAAGCAGAAAAGAGUCAAUAUGUUUGAUGAGUUUAGAUGA